AUGAUUGGUGUCCUGCUCCUUCUUACUGUGCUAUUCGACAACAGCCUUUGCCUUUCUGAAAAAGGAAGAAUUGCCCUGACGAAAGCAUACAAAGGCAUCAACAUUGAAGAGCGUCGUGAGAGAUUGAGAAAUCUCGGCUUGAGUGCUUCGGAGCAAAACACCAUAUCAGGAACAGUCGGACAAACAACACUUGUAGACUUGACAUCCGAAGACGUGUUGGAUGGAGAGAGUACUGCGGUUGACGACGAUUCGAUCCUAGCAAUAAAUCGGAGAGAAGGAAUCGAUGAGUAUUUGUAUGGUGGCGAUAUGAUCCUUACUGAGAAUGACCUAUCAUUUCGAAGGCAGUCACCCUUCCCCUCAACUGAACUCGGAUACGAGGCCGAUCCGAUUGCCAUAGUGCGAUAUGAGCUGGACAUCAAUUCAUUGACAAAGAGCCCUAAAUUCUUCCCUAACUAUCAUGGAGAAGCCGUAUCCGAUAACCAUAUGGGUGAAGAUAGCUGA